GCGAAUGCUUUCAUUCAUAAGCAAUACAUACGAUUCAUAAAGUUAGCAAAAAUAGGAAUUAUCUGGCUAGGGGAGCAGAGGAGUUCCGUGAAAUUAGCUCUCCACUGCUGGUACGCAGAGGGUAUAAACGUGCGCAUAGCGUUUGGAAUCCAAGCAAACUGUCAAACGGUUGCGCGGCGUUUGAAAACAAACGAAGCCGAAGAAAAUUUCCCUCCAGAGUGCCUAUGUUCCAAAAAGAAAGGAGAAAUGGAGUUGACCGCGGAUAAAACGAAGCUGCUGGCAGCAUUUCGUAUUCUCAACAAACAACUGGCGGAUAACAACACCCAGUUAAAGCAGCAUGUUACAGUAUCAGAAUUGCGCAUCAACCAGUUAAGCAGUUUGGUGCUGCAAACACGCAACGAGAACCAUUUCCUGCGCAACACGGUGAGAAAAUUAAAAGAACAAAUAAAGAUGAUCACCCAGGUAAUGGUGACGGUGGAGAAGCACGCCGAAACAGUCUGCAACAAGAUCACUUGUGAUGAGGAACAAGAGGAAAACUAUCAACAGUUGCGACAACCGGUGGCCCCGAUGGUGUACGAAAGGAAGCGUGCGGAACGGGUUGCUUUCGUGGACGAGGGUGCUAUACAGGAGGAUGAAUCGGUGCCGGAAGAACUUGGAAACGAUGCAUCUAGCUUUCACAAUCAUAGCUCAAAUCCAGUGACUCGAAGUAGCAACUCUGAUGAGACUGUCGUUAAAAAGGAUGACGAGUUAGUGGUAGAACACGAAGAGGAGGAGGAGGAGGAAGACGAGGAAGAUAAUGAAGAGGAAGGGGAUGACGAGGAUAGCGAACCCAACGUUACCAUGGAACUACCGCCAGCGUACGCGCAUCUCGCCGCCAAGAGUCCAUUGGUGCAGCGCCUGAAACGCACCUCCAGAAGGGGCAGCUUCGACGAAUCCUUUGAGACCAUCGAUCGUGACCGUGUAUUCAAACUAGGACGUCAGAGCCAAAGUCUGCGCGACAGUUACGCAGGUUUAUCUCCGAACCACAAUAACAACAACAAAAAUAAUGAAGAAAUGCAUCUGGGGACAUCCAGGAGGUCGCUAAAACGGAACGAUAGCGAUAUGGACAUCGACGAAUCUAUUGUCAACACGGUACGCAAAAUAUCGGUGUCGCUAAAUGAAGCGAGCCUUUCGUUUAAGUCGGUCCACAGCGAAAGAGCUGCCAGCUUAAGCCGCUCUCUUAACGAGGACAACUCCAGUUCCCCCGGCCAGAUUUUAAAUUUGAGGAAAACCAUCAGUGAGACGGUGUUUGAUCCGGAAGACAUGCUGGCCAACGCAUCUUGUAGUACACCGGUAACGAAAACUGCCGUGAUGGGAGAAAAAACGAAGGAAAUCCGGAAGUCGUGCGUGACCAGGACAAAGAGUGCCAUCGAGCUGCAUAAAAAUAGUUCCAUUAACGCUUCAAUGCAGCCAGUGGUUUUACUACAACCACUCACAGAGCAAAAUCUGAAACAGCACGAGCUAUCACAUCCGCGUAUACGCAGUGGACGUAAUCGUACCGUUUCGAAGUGUCGUUACAAGGACAACGACUCCGAAAAUGAUGAAUCGACGGAUACUAGGCAGCAGGGAGGUAAACUGGAACAUGGUUCUUCUACCGAAAAUCUAUCUGUUCAGUCUUAUGAAUCUGGGCGUCCUAGGCGUAAGGCGGCCCCGGUGAAUAUGCGCGAGCCUUCAAUAAACAGCAAGCUGCGACGUGAAUAGCUGCCGGUUGCUGGCAUGCUGGAUGCAUCCCCACCAUCAGUACCCUUUUCGAAUCAUUCUUCGCUGUACAGUACUUGAUAGUUUUUUUUUUACGACAAACAAUACAUUCUCUUCUUUUUGUCACUGACUGGCAUUUUGUAGUUUUCUGUAGUUUUGUAGUUUGUACUGAAAUUAUAGUUAAAUUAGCGUAAAUACCAAUAAAUAUUCGGACAAGUUGAUGUUUCAAUGAUGGACAUUUUAAAUACCAUAACUAGGCAGGCUUUUCGGGCUGUUCGGACGCGUGUGGCUCGAUUUCAGCGAGCAAAGAGGGGUGCGUUUUGGUGUUCAUUUUAUUUAAUAAAAUUCAGUUUAAUUCUUCACCUGUAACAGAAUUUGAUUUCAUAGCAUUCGCAUAAUCUUUCUAUCCGAAUGAUCCACAGAACAAAAAAAAAAACGUUUAAAACUAUGCGCACCCUCCAGGUAGCCGCGCGGGAUGAUUGUGAAUUAGUGUUUAUUCUAUGCAACUCUGUUCGCUUCUCUGGGCGCCCAAAGAAGCGCUUUUACCGUCCCAUACCGAAACCGUUUCUGUUUGUUCUAUUUCACGUCCUAGCUGGAGAAUCACAAAUGCACAUUCACUGUGCAGCUCUGAGAUCCUGCUCGAUUAAACACACCGGGGAUGGUAAUAGAAGGAACUGCGGGAAGGUUUUGAAGAAACAUUUUCACAUAAACUCUCCGGUCACAUGCAUAGCAUUAUAUCAACAGGUAUAGAUAUACUCGCACUCGUAGUGUGUAAUACGGAAUCUUCAGCACACGGUUACAUACGUAAUGAGGACGAUAA